AUGCUCCCGACUCCCUCCACAUCCCACGUCUGCUUUGAUCGCGUCUACGAGCCAGCUGAAGACUCGUAUCUGCUCCUCGACACGCUAUCCUCGCCCUCAGAAACCACUUUCCUGCGCGCCCGCUUCAAGCAGCCAUCUUGCGCCCCGCCAUUAGUUCUCGAAGUCGGCGUGGGCUCAGGCGUAGUCCUAGCUUUCGUAGCCGCGAACGCAGACACGAUAUUCGGGCGCCACGAUGUACUGACCCUCGGGACUGACAUCAACAGCUUCGCGUGCCGCGCCGCCUCGCAAACAGUGCGCAAUGCAGUGAAAGAGCGGGAGAGUGGGAGGAGCGUCUUCCUGGAUGUUGUGAAUGGCGACCUAGCUUCUGCGCUUCGCCCGCACUCGGUCGAUGUGUUCAUAUUCAACCCGCCGUAUGUUCCUGCUGAGCUGCCGGAUCUCGCGCGCCAUACCGGUUAUAAUGAUGUUCCUGCGGGUGGGCAGAAGACGUCUUUUGAACAGGAUUCGUAUCUGCUGGAGCUGUCGUAUGCUGGCGGCGAGGAUGGCAUGGUGGUGACGGAUAGGAUGCUGGAGCAGAUCCCGGGCAUAUUGAGUAAGGGGACAGGCGUCGCAUAUGUGCUGCUGUGCGCGCAGAACAAGCCUGAGGUCGUCAAGCAGCGGAUAAGAGAGUGGGGGCCUGGCUGGAAGGCGGAGACUGUGGGCUCGAGUGGGCAGAAGGCUGGGUGGGAGAAACUUCAGAUUGUGAGGAUAUGGAAGAGUACGAAUUGA